AUGGGUUAUGUCAUGUUGGUUUUUGUGUUGUGUGCUAACAAAAUUCUCAGUUCGCAGCGACCACGUGAGCAGUCCCGUGCAUUGGGAAUUCGUCAGGAGGAACGCGAUUCGUCGGUGGACGAAUCUGGUUCGAUCGGUGGAGUCGGCGGAUCCCCUGGGUGCAUCUAUCGCUUUGAGGUUGCGUACGUCUAUAGGUGCAUUCAGAGAGCGGUUGUCAUCGGUUGUGGAAAAUAUCUCGACCUCGACGACAAUCUAACAUGGCGACCGGAGGAUCCAGAUCUGACGUUCUGUUUUCAACGAAUAGUCCUCCAAUGGGUUCCAUGUUUCUUCUUGUACGUAUUUUCCAUCUACGAAGCAUACCGGAUAGCGACGAGUCGCUACCGGGACAUUCCCUGGAACUGGCUCAACUGCUCCAAAAUAGCAAUUUCAUGCGUACUGAUGAUACUUUCCUGGAUUGAUCUGGGAAUAGUUGUCAACUAUCAUGAUCAAGCCGAAGUGUUCGACGUUCAGAUACUUGUUGCGAUUUUUAACGCGCUUGCAUAUAUCAUCGCUAUAGUGUUGUAUUACUUCCUCCGGAAGUACGGUAUUCGCAGUUCAGGAUCAAUAUUUAUUUUCUGGUUUUUAAAGGCUUUCUUCGGAAUCAUACAAAUGAGAACGGAAGCUAUGAUUCACGCAAGGCGUGACUCACCCAUCGGUGCAAGUGACAACCUAAUUUUUGCCGAAUACCAAUUCGUCAGUUACACCCUACAGUAUUCUUUAAUCUGUUUGAUUGUCCUCAUGGAAACAUUCCCGGAUCAAGCGCCUCGCUACAGCGAGUUUCCGAAAAUGAAAAAUCCAAGCCCUGAGUUGAGAUCAAGUUUUUUCGCAAAGCUCUUGUACAUGUACUUCGAUGCGUUCACCUGGCGAGGAUUCCGAAAGCCACUAACCGACGAUGAUAUGUACGAUCUCAAUCCGGAAGAUACUUCCCGGGAGUUGGUUCCACCGUUCGACAAGUGUUGGAACGAAAGUGUCGAGAAGGGACGACAAAAACAGGCGGCUGCCGACAAAAAGGAAGGCAAAGUGAAUCUAACCUACAAACCGCACGCCACAACCAACGGUUCAGUUCUGCCGGCGAUGGUUAGAGCAUAUGGAGGACCAUUCUUGUUUGCUGCCAUGCUGCAACUUUGUAUUUCUGGAUUACAAUUCGCCUCUCCCUAUCUCAUGCAGGAAUUGAUGGCCAACAUUGCGAUCGAGGGACCUUUCUGGAUGGGUAUGACUAUCACAUUUGCACUGUUUUUAACUUCUUUUCUGAUUGCGCUGUUUAACGGACAAUACUUCCGCAAGACAACCCUGGUUGGAUACAGAAUUCGAUCCGGAUUGAUCAGUGCCAUCUAUCGGAAAGCACUACGUAUUUCCAGUCUAGCGAAGAAGGACACAACGGUUGGUGAGAUAGUAAACCUGAUGGCGGUCGAUGCACAACGGUUCUUUGAGCUGGUUCCCUAUCUGCAUGUGGUUUGGUCUGCGCCAUUGAUCAUUGCUCUGUGUAUUUACCUGUUGUAUGAUAUUCUGGGCGCAUCGGUAUUUGCCGGAUUAGCCGUUAUGGUGGUGAUGGUUCCGUUUAGCGGAUUCUUUGCUGGUAAAAUGAAAAGCCUACAGGUUAAGCAAAUGCGCAUCAAGGAUGAGCGAGUUAAAAAAAUGAACGAAAUCCUCAGCGGCGUUAAAGUACUUAAAUUGUAUGCAUGGGAACCCAGUUUCGAAAAGGACAUUAUCAGUACACGGUCGACGGAAAUGAAGGUUCUUAGAAGCGUCGCAUACUACAAUGCAGCCACUUUCUUUGUGUGGAGCAUGGCUCCCUUCUUUGUUACGCUGGCGUCGUUCACCGUUUACGUUCUGGUUGACGAAAACAAUGUUCUUGAUGCAACAACGGCCUUUGUUUCGCUGGCUCUAUUCAACAUUCUACGCUUCCCGCUUGCUAUGUUCCCGAUGAUGAUCACCUUGGCAAUGCAAGCUUGGGUUUCGAUUAAACGAAUCAACAAAUUUAUGAACAGUGAGGAGAUAGAUCCAAGUAACGUGACUAACAAUCGAAGCGACAAUGCUUUGUUAAUCAAGGAUGGUACAUUCACCUGGGGAGAAGACACUCCAACGUUGAAGAACAUCAACUUAGCGGUGAAGAAGGGCAAACUAUCAGCGGUGGUUGGAAGUGUCGGUACAGGAAAGAGCUCACUAAUAUCCGCUUUGUUGGGAGAAAUGGAAAAGACUAAAGGCUCAGUAAACACGGAUGGACGAAUUGCAUUUGUACCACAGCAAGCAUGGAUUCAGAACGCAACCCUUCGAGAAAAUAUUCUCUUCGGAAAAGUGUUCGAUGCAAAAAAAUACAAUCGUGUACUGGAGAGUUGUGCUUUGAAACCCGAUCUUGCUAUGCUCCCCGGUGGUGAUGCAACGGAGAUCGGUGAAAAGGGAAUAAAUCUAUCGGGAGGUCAAAAGCAACGAAUUGCGCUAGCCAGAGCAGUCUACGCCGAUGCAGAAAUCUAUCUCUUCGACGAUCCACUCAGCGCAGUCGAUGCUCAUGUUGGUAAACACAUCUUCGAGAAUGUAAUUGGACCACAGGGAAUGUUGGUUGGUCGAUCGCGGUUUCUGGUUACGCACGGUAUAUCGUUCCUACCGUAUGUGGAUGAAAUUUUUGUCAUGAAAAAUGGAGAGAUCUCUGAAAGUGGUACCUACAAACAACUUCUCGAUCAAAAGGGUGCAUUCGCUGAGUUCCUAAGUCAGCAUAUACAGGAGUUGGAUGAGGAAGAUGAGGAACUGGAAGUUAUUCAGGAAACUUUGAGUGAUGAUUUAACUCGAAAUAUUAUUCAACGAGCAAUGUCCGUUCGGUCAAACAAAUCCAACGGAAGCGCAGGAAGCAAGCGCAGAAAGAAGAUUAGUCGUCAAGAAUCUCGUAAUAGUAGCAAACCAUUGGAGUUGCAAACGGCUGCAAAAGUUGGAACAGUACUGAUCGAAAAAGAGGAAUCAGCUACGGGAGGAGUUAGCUUCGCUGUUUAUGUAAAGUACUUCAAAGCAAUAGGAUGGAAUUUGACAUUCUGGUCUAUUCUCUUUAGCAUACUGAAUCAGGCAUCGUCAAUGUACGCCAACAUUUGGUUAACUGAUUGGUCUGAAGAUCCGGAAGCUGCCACUGAUCCGUCCGUUCGAGAUAUGUACGUUGGAGUUUACGGUGGCUUAGGAGGUAUGCAGUCACUCGCUUUACUCAUUGCUUCCAUUACUCUAGCACUUGGAUGCUUAAAAGCAGCUAACACAAUGCAUAAUAACUUAUUGGAAAGCACACUACGAAUGCCGAUGUCUUUCUUCGAUACAACCCCUCAGGGUCGCAUCAUGAACCGCUUCUCAAAAGACGUGGAUGUUGCAGAUAACACUCUUCCUAAUUCUAUGCGCAUGUGGAUGAUGAUGUUUUUCAAUGUCAUUGGCGUGUUUAUCGUGAUCGGUAUUUCCACUCCAAUAUUCCUUGCGGCUGUGCCGGUAUUUCUUGUCAUCUACUAUAUAAUCCAAAAGCUCUACAUCGCAACUUCUCGUCAACUAAAACGAUUGGAAUCGGUUACUCGAAGUCCCAUUUACUCACAUUUUGGCGAGAGUAUUACUGGUCAAUCAACUAUCCGUGCCUACGGUGAACAGCAGCGAUUUAUGAAAGAAUCUGAACAACGAGUAGACUAUAAUCAGCUGAUGUCCUAUCCUAGCAUAAUUGCGAAUCGCUGGUUAGCGAUUCGAUUGGAAAUUAUUGGAGCGGUUGUCGUCUUUCUUGCAGCUCUACUUGCCAUGCUAAGUCGUGAUACCAUUGGAUCCGCUACGGUUGGGUUGUCAAUUACUUAUGCGUUGAAUAUUUCCUCCACAUUGAGUUUCCUAGUUCGAAUGACGGCUGAAGUAGAAACGAAUAUCGUAGCGGUUGAACGUUUGGAGGAAUACACCAUAUUACCGCGGGAAGCAUCCUGGGAGAAGGGAACCGUUGCGAAAACUUGGCCCGAUCAAGGAAAAGUGGAAUUUGCUGAUUUUAAAAUUCGUUACCGAGAAGGAUUGGACCUGGUCAUCAGAGGUAUUUCGUUGCGUGUCGAAGGUGGUGAGAAGAUUGGUAUUGUGGGUAGGACGGGUGCUGGCAAAUCUAGUCUGACACUGGGAUUGUUCCGCAUAGUAGAAGCGGCUGGUGGUCAAAUCAUAAUUGAUGGCUUGGACAUCUCGCAGAUGGGACUGCAUCAGCUGCGAAGUCGUCUGACGAUAAUACCUCAAGAUCCGGUUCUAUUCUCGGGAACGCUACGUAUGAAUGUCGACCCGUUCGGAAGCUACUCUGAUGAUCAGGUUUGGAGGGCCUUAGAGUUGUCCCAUUUAAAAUCCUUUGUUAAAGGACUGGCGGCAGGUUUGGAGCAUGAGAUAGCGGAAAAUGGCGAGAACUUGUCCGUUGGUCAACGACAGCUGAUUUGUCUAGCGAGAGCCAUCCUCCGUAAAACUAAGGUACUUAUACUGGAUGAGGCGACCGCAGCUGUUGAUUUGGAAACCGAUGACUUAAUUCAGGUUAGUUUUACCUGUUUUAUCUAUAGAAAGUAUGCUAACAAGUAAUGUGUUCCACAGAAAACUAUCCGGUCAGAGUUCACUGAUUGUACUAUUCUAACGAUUGCCCACCGACUAAAUACCAUUUUGGACUCGGAUCGUGUAUUGGUACUGGACAAAGGUCUUGUAGCUGAAUGUGAUAGUCCGCAGAAGUUGUUAGCUGAUAAAAAUACGAUCUUCUUCGGCAUGGCGAAGAAUGCGGGAAUUGUGAGCGAAUCAAAAUGCUAAAGAAAGCAAUCUCGACUAGGAAAG